AAGGAAAAUCACAGAAUGAGUGUUCAAAAAUUUGAAAAAGAAGUGCUUGAUGCUCACAAUAAAUAUCGUGCCAUGCACGGUGCCCAGCCUUUAAGACUGAGCCCAAAACUAAAUCAAUUGGCCACCGAAUGGGCUAACUAUCUAUUGGCAAGAAAUUGCAUGCAACAUCGACCGAAUAGUGGCUAUGGCGAAAAUAUCUACAUGGCCUCUGGAGGAAAUCUGGAGGGGAGUGAUGCUGUUAGAUCCUGGUACGAGGAAAUCCAACAAUACAACUGGAACUAUCCUUCAUUCCAGAUGAACACUGGGCACUUUACCCAGGUGGUGUGGAAGGAUUCCACUGAACUGGGAGUUGGGUUUGCCAGAAGAGGAAAUACCAUAUUUGUGGUCUGCAACUAUAAUCCUCCUGGAAACUAUAACAAUAUGUUCCAACAGAAUGUUUCCCCUCGAAGUCGUUAAGCUGUUGCACUAUAAUAACAUUCCAAAGAAUAACAGGAAAUCGAAACCUAAAAACAAAACCAAACAUUCCCAUUAAAAAUAACAUUUUAUUAAUAUCUAUAUAACCAUCCACAAUAUGCAUAAUAAAAUUGU